AUGCAGACGAAGUUCCAGACGAAGUUCAACCAGAAGCUCCAGCCGAUAUUCCAGACGAAGAUCCAGACGAAGCCCCAGACGAAGCCCCAGACGAAGCCCCAGACGAAGCCCCAGACGAAGACACACUUCGCGGGCCAGUCCCGAACUCAAUCCGUCGCGCAGAAUAAUUCUAUUCAGGAUGAAUGGGGAAAUGGGAAUGGUGGUUGGAAUAACAAUGCUGGGUCAACGAGAGGGCAAAAUGACAUCGGUCCAGGCCCGCAGGCUGCCAACGCUAUUGCUGCUGAAUACAGCAACAAUGCCGAUAACAAUGAUGGAAACAAUGGAGGAGGAUGGAAGGCUGCUGAUGCUCUGGCUACUGAAUACAACAACAAUAACAAUGCUGGAAAUAAUGGGGGAGAAUGGCAGCCUGCUGAUGGGCUUGGGGGAGCAGAUUCCUCGCCGGUGAUGGAGAUGAACAAUGACUAUGACCAGGGGACAUUUAAUUCAGACGCAGGAGGUGCUCCAGAGGGCAACUGGUAAUGUAAGUAGACC